AUGGCGCACCGGUCCCCCGGCGUGGCCGAGCGCAGCGAGCGCUGGGACCGCGACCGCUACGAGUUCGAGCGCGAGCGCGAGCGCGACCGCUACGGCGAUGUCGUCCGCGAGCGCUUCGAGGAGGACGACGACCACGUCUACGUGCGCCGCGGGCCGUCCUCCUCCUCCCGCCCGCCGCCGCCGCCGCCGGUUCGGGAUAACCGCGACUGGAAUAGGAACAGGGAUACCUGGGAUAGGGAUAGGGACAGGGACAGGGACACGAGGUCUGUCGAGCGACGGGUGCGGCGCGAUGACGGUGAGGAGGAUGAGCUUGUUUUCCGUGAGCGGCGGCGCGUGGUGUAUGACGACGCGGAGCCGCGGGUGGUGCGGCGGCGGAGGCCGUCGUCGCCGCCGCCGCUGGCGCCGGCGCCCGAGGGGGAGCGCUCGCGCGUGGUGGUCGAGAAACAGCGGUACCGCAGCCCGUCGCCGUCGCCGGUGAGACGGCCGACCCGGCUGCUCCGGCGGCAGUCGAGCCUGGAUAUCUUCGACCGGAAGCGGGAGGAGUACGGCCCGCCGGCACGCCGCGAGGAGUACCGGGUGCCGCAUUAUGUCGACAUCCCGCUGCCGAGGUCGAAGGCGCUGCCGCCGCCGAGAGGAUACGUCGAGCGCGACUUUUACGACGAGAUCCAGGUCUCCGAUCCCCACCGGUACGGGGACGAGGAUUUCCAUGCGUAUCCGGAGCGGGUGCGCGAGAGGGAGAUUGUCCGUACCCGGCGGCGGCGGACGCGGAGCCGAGAGUCGAGAGCUACCAGCCACCGGAGGCGGUCUAGGUCGUCGAGCCGGAGCAGUUCGAGGAGCAGCAGCGGCAGGACCGCGCUGACGGCACGGGGCGAGUACCCCAAGAAGGGCAAGACGCGCAUCCCCGCUCGGCUGGUGUCGAAGCGGGCGCUGAUUGACCUCGGGUAUCCGUAUGUGGACGAGGGCAAAGUCAUCGUCGUGCAGAAGGCGCUCGGGCAGCAGAACAUCGACGACCUCCUCAAGCUCAGCGACGCCUACAAGAAGGGCGAGCUCGAAGUCAUCGCCGCACGCCCCAGAGCAGGCGACGUCAUCGAGGAGCGCGUCGAGCGCCGCACCGAGGUUUGGGAAGGCGCCGCGGCCGUGCCCCCCGCGGCCCCGGCCCCCCCUCCGGCGCCUGCCGCCCGCGGCUCCGGCGUCAGCCCGGUGAUCGUGCAAGCCGACCCGCCGGUCGAAGUCGUCAAGACAACCGUCGUGCGCGACGUGUCCCCGACCCACACAUACACGGCCUCUUCCUACGACACCUCGACCUCGUACGACACCUACACCACCACCACCACCACCACCAGCAACUCGACAGCCGCCACGCCGGUCAUCGUCGAGGCCCGCCCGCGCGAGGAGUCAGCCCGCGUGCCCGUCGGGCCGGUCGUGCUCGCCGCCGGCGGCAGCGGCAGCCACCAUCGUCACCACCAUCGCAGCCGGAGUCGUGGUGGCGAGCUCGUGCGCGCCGAGCGCCUCAGCACCGGCGAGCUCGUCCUCUACGAGGAGCAGGUCGAGCAGAUCCAGGAGCCGGCGCGGGGCGCGGGCGUGAGGAUUGAGAGGGACCGGAGAGGUAGGCUGUCUAUUAGCGUGCCGAAGUAUCCGCGGUGA